GUGCGCAGUUGUUGCCCGGACCGGGCUGGUAAAUGGUGGCUCCGUGAGGGACAUUGGAUGACUUUGUACCGUUUUUGGCAGGCUGGUUGACUAGCGAGUCCAUUCAUUUAGACAGUCGGCGUUUGCCAAAGCGAUGGAGGCCCUUAUUCCGGUCAUUAACAAGCUUCAAGACGUGUUUAAUACAGUGGGCGCGGAUAUUAUCCAGCUGCCGCAGAUCGCGGUGGUAGGAACGCAGAGCAGUGGGAAAAGCUCCGUUUUGGAGAGUCUGGUAGGCAGAGAUCUUUUACCCCGUGGGACGGGCAUCGUCACACGCCGGCCUCUUAUUCUGCAGCUGGUGCACGUGGAUCCAGAGGACCGCAGGAAGACAAAUGAUGAGAACGACCCCAAUGCCUGGAAAAAUGGACGCCUUUACAAAGGUGUGGACGGUGAAGAAUGGGGCAAAUUUUUGCACACCAAAAACAAGAUCUACACAGAUUUCGAUGAAAUAAGACAAGAAAUUGAAGCUGAAACUGAAAGAGUUUCUGGCAACAAUAAGGGCAUUAGCGAUGAACCUAUCCACCUGAAGAUCUUCUCCCCUCAUGUGGUUAACCUCACAUUAGUGGAUCUGCCUGGUAUCACAAAGGUCCCUGUUGGUGACCAGCCCAAAGACAUUGAGAUCCAGAUCCGUGAGUUGAUCCUAAAGUACAUCAGCAACCCUAACUGCAUCAUCCUGGCAGUCACAGCUGCCAACACAGACAUGGCCACCUCUGAAGCCCUCAAAGUGGCCCGUGAAGUCGACCCUGAUGGCCGGCGGACGUUGGCUGUGGUGACGAAGCUGGACCUGAUGGAUGCUGGCACUGAUGCGAUGGACGUUCUCAUGGGCCGAGUCAUUCCUGUCAAACUGGGACUCAUAGGAGUCGUCAACAGGAGUCAAUUAGAUAUCAACAACAAGAAAUCUGUAGCUGAUUCUAUCCGUGAUGAGCAUGCCUUCCUCCAGAAGAAGUAUCCUUCCUUAGCCAACAGAAACGGAACCAAAUACCUGGCCAAAACACUGAAUAGGUUGUUAAUGCACCACAUUCGGGACUGCCUUCCAGAGCUGAAGACCCGUAUUAAUGUUCUGGCUGCUCAGUACCAGUCUCUGCUCAGCAGCUACGGAGAACCAGUGGAGGACAAGAGCGCCACCCUGCUGCAGCUCAUCACCAAGUUUGCUGCAGAGUACUGCAACACUAUCGAAGGAACAGCCAAAUAUAUAGAGACAGCUGAGCUGUGUGGUGGUGCUAGGAUUUGUUACAUUUUCCAUGAGACGUUCGGUAGGACACUGGAAUCAGUCGACCCUCUUGGUGGGCUUACAACCAUAGAUGUGCUCACAGCCAUCAGAAAUGCUACGGGUCCACGUCCUGCUUUGUUUGUGCCUGAGGUGUCGUUUGAGCUGCUGGUAAAGAGGCAAGUGAAGCGUCUUGAGGAGCCUAGUCUGCGCUGUGUGGAGCUGGUGCACGAGGAAAUGCAGAGGAUCAUCCAGCACUGCAGUAACUACAGCACCCAGGAGUUGCUGAGGUUUCCUAAGCUCCAUGAUGCUAUCGUUGAAGUGGUCACAUCUCUCCUCAGAAAAAGGCUUCCUGUCACUAAUGAGAUGGUUCACAACUUGGUGGCUAUUGAGUUGGCGUACAUCAAUACGAAGCACCCAGAUUUUGCUGAUGCUUGUGGACUCAUGAACAACAAUAUUGAGGAGCAGAGGCGGAACAGAAUGAGAGAGCUGCCCUCAGCUGUACCACGUGAUAAGUCUCUGAAGGGUCCCGGUGGUCAUUCUCUGUCCCCCAGUGAUCAGCCCCAGGCUGAGGGUGAUGCCCUCAAGGCGGCGGGCAGUCAGGGUGACCAGGAAGCUGGGACAGGGAACUGGAGGGGCAUGCUGAAGAAAGGAGAGGAAGCCCAGGCAGAUGAUAAAUCUAAACAGCAGGGACCUCUACCAGCCAGCCCACAGAAAGGCCAUGCAGUCAACCUGCUGGAUGUGCCUGUCCCGGUUGCCAGAAAGCUCUCAGCUCGUGAACAGAGGGACUGCGAGGUCAUCGAGAGGCUGAUAAAGUCCUACUUCCUGAUUGUACGCAAGAACAUCCAGGACAGUGUCCCAAAGGCUGUGAUGCACUUCUUGGUGAACCAUGUAAAGGACAGUCUGCAGAGUGAGCUGGUGGGGCAGCUAUAUAAACCGGCACUACUAGAUGACCUGUUGACUGAGUCGGAGGACAUGGCCCAGCGCCGGAACGAAGCUGCAGACAUGCUCAAGGCCUUGCAAAAAGCCAGUCAGGUUAUCGCCGAAAUCCGGGAAACACACUUGUGGUGAGGGUCCCUAACUGCUGCACAGCUCCCCCAUCGCCCUCCCUACUGUCUGCACUCAGUCCAGCCUGGCGGAUCUCUCAGACAGCCAACUUGAAAAUGCACUGGUGUCAGUUUGUGUGUGGAUUAUAUAGUUUUAUGACGUCACAUGCCAUGGACUCUCAUUGAAGUACACUGAGGGCAGCACAUAUCAUCUUGUCACAACCGCACACCGUCCUCUCCGGUAGAGUCUUUCAGAAUCGUAAAUAUAUAAACAACCAUGUAAGCCUCAUUUCAGUGUGCGGCCUCCCAAGCAAUGUGUGUCCCAGAUGUAGCUUUGAUUAAAGAUAGUAAUGUAAAAAGAGAAGCUGAAUGCUGUGUUUUCUGAGCGUCUGUGGUUUGAUGAAAAGAAUGUCUUGUGGGUUUGAUGUCAUUUCCAUAAAUAAAACAUAUUUUACUGUUAGAUGUUCUUGAGAGAAGAUAAACAUUUGGCUGCAUCUUA